CCCAGCUUCUAAAGCUAAACCAAAGCUAAACCCAGCUCCACACCAAACUGUUGAAUGACUGCAUCACUCUGCUGUUCACAUGUGUUCCGUGGCCGCAGUGACACCUGAGGAUCAGAAUCUGAACCUUUGUUUUUAAAGCAGACAUAUUAUAUGCUCCUGAAAGUCUGGACGUAACCAUAGCAACAGCAGAGCUGAAUGGAGACACAUGGCUGAUGGAGAGAACGUAGUGUUUCUGCCCUAUCAGUUUGAGCCAGAGUCAGAUCCUGAAGACGCUGCUGAAGACGCUCGGGAGUUAAGACCCCAGCAGGAGGUCUCUGAACGGAGGAUGGCCACGCCCAGCAAAACGCCUCCGGGGGCCGACCCCAAGCAGCUGGAGCGGACGGGCACGGUCCGGGAGAUCGGUUCCCAGGCAGUGUGGUCUCUCUCCUCCUGUAAACCCGGUUUUGGAGUGGACCAGCUGAGAGACGAUAACCUGGAGACGUACUGGCAGUCGGAUGGAUCUCAGCCUCACCUGGUCAACAUACAGUUCAGGAGGAGGACGACGGUGAAGAUGUUGUGUAUUUAUGCUGAUUAUAAAUCUGACGAGAGCUACACACCCAGUAAGAUCUCUGUCCGAGUCGGCAACAACUUCCACAACCUGCAGGAGAUCAGGCAGCUGGAGAUGGUGGAGCCGAGCGGCUGGAUCCACAUCUCUCUCAUCAACCAGGUCCGCAACUGUGAAAAACACAAGACAGGAAAUGAGUUUCAAUCAGUUUGUUCCUCUUUGUGUUGGAACAUGCUUAAUCCUGACUCUGUGUGUGUGUGU